AUGCAUGGUCAAACAUCGGCGGAUGCGUAUCGGGAGUUCUCGAUUUACCAGAGUAUGGGAAGUGGAAUCUACGACGCAUUAGAAGGACAAACAGGAAUGAACGGGGCGGUAAACAGUGGAAUGGCGGAGGGAGCAGAAGACGAGAUAGAUAAUGGUAUGGUAUCUGAAGCUAGUGAUAUAGAAGGUAGUACGUGUUAUAAUGGGGGCAAAGAGGAAUCAUCGGCGUAUCCUUCUUGGUGUGUCCAGAAUGGAGCACCUAUUGACAAGGAUGAGAUCUGGCAGAUAUUUUUAAGGCUAGGAAAUAUAUUUGGAUUCCAGCGAGAUAGCCAGAGUAAUAUAUACGAUCUUUUUAUGACGCUGCUUGAUUCGAGAUCAAGUAGAAUGUCAUGUAAACUGGCCCUUCUAUCGUUACAUGCCGACUACAUUGGAGGCGAGCACUCGAACUAUAAAAAGUGGUAUUUUGCAGCGCAUUUCGAGUUAGAUGAAAACGUCAAAGUGAGUAAUAAACAGUGGAAAUGGUUCAAGGACUUUGCAAAGUUCAAGUCAAAACUGAAUACUCCUUACAACCUAAAUGAUCUUCAGAAUUCAAACUGCUUAUUAGCCAUGGAAUACAACUGGCGAUUGAAAAUGAAAAACUAUACGGAUGAAGACUACAUCUAUCAAAUUGCUUUAUAUUUACUCAUAUGGGGUGAAGCCAACAAUUUACGUUUCAUGCCCGAAUGUAUUUGUUUUAUCUAUAAGUGUGCUUUUGAUUAUUUCGAAUCUGUGGAACAGGGUACUACCGCCCAUGAAUUCGAAUUCCUUGAUACUGUUGUUACACCCAUUUAUUCAUACAUACGAGACCAACAGUAUGAACUAGUGAAUAAUGUUUGGAAGAAAUCAGAAAAAGAUCAUAGCGAUAUUAUAGGAUAUGACGACGUGAAUCAAUUCUUCUGGUACCGAGGUAAUCUCAAAAAGAUAAUGCUAUUAGACAAAUCUUUGCUAUAUGAGUACCCUCGGAGUCAAAGAUAUACCAAGUUUAAAUCUAUCAAAUGGAAGAAAUUAUUUUACAAGACAUACAGUGAACGUAGAACUUGGCUCCAUUUAUUCACAAAUUUCAGCAGAGUAUGGGUUAUUCACGUUACCAUGUUCUGGUACUAUACUUGUUUUAAUUCUCCAACAAUUUAUACCAAAAAUUAUGUUCAGCUCCUCGAUAACAAGCCUGCACCGCAAGUUCAAUGGUCAGCGGUAGCGCUAGGUGGAACAAUUGCUUGUUUGCUAACUAUAUUGGCAACUGUUAUAGAGUGGUUAUUUGUUCCUAGAAAGUGGCCUGGCGCUCAACAUUUAUUUUUUAAGUUACUGCUACUUUUCUUAAUUACCAUCAUUAACGCAGGUCCUUCAGUUUACAUAUUCUUAUUUCUUCCAGUUGAUAAAUAUUCAAAAAUAGGCCACAUUAUUGGGAUAGUACAGUUUGUUGUAUCUAUUAUCACAUUUCUUUAUUUUGCAAUUGAAUCGCCUAAUAGGCUUUUCAGUUUCUUGUUAAAGAAAAACUCAAAUAUUAUCAAGACUGAAAUAUUCACAUCAUCCUUUCCUAAAUUACACUUGAGGAAUCAGAUAUAUUCAUAUCUCUUAUGGGUAUGUGUAUUUCUAGCAAAGUUCUCAGAAUCAUAUUUCUUUCUUACAUUAUCGUUACGAGAUCCUAUUCGGGUACUCUCUAUAAUGGAAAUGACAAGGUGUAAAGGAGAUGUUUUUCUUGGUAAUUUACUUUGCAAACAACAAGCUAGGUUUACUUUAAUUUUGCUAUAUGUUACCGAUUUGGUUUUAUUCUUCCUAGAUACUUACCUAUGGUACAUUAUUUGCAAUUGCAUAUUUUCAAUCGGAUUAUCAUUUUCAUUGGGUAUUUCAAUCUUCACGCCGUGGAGAAACAUCUUUUCAAGACUACCUGAGAGAAUCUUCAGCAAGAUUAUUUAUAUGAAUGGAACCUCGAAAAUUGAUUCUACAUUAAUAAUUUCUCAAGUUUGGAAUAGUAUUAUCCUUUCAAUGUACCGAGAACAUUUACUUUCAAUCGACCAAGUGAAUAAAUUAGUUUAUCAACAAAUCAAUGUAUCUAAUGAAGAAAGUAUGGAGAAAACAUUUCUUAGGUUUCCAUUGUUCUUUAUAUUGCAGGAUGAUAAUUCAUUAAACUUACAUGAUUUUUUCACUGCUAGCAAAGAAGCUGAAAGAAGGAUAUCAUUCUUCGCUCAAUCUUUAUCUAGUCCUUUGCCUGAACCUUUCCCAAUUUUGGCAAUACCAACAUUUACAGUUUUAAUACCCCAUUAUUCCGAAAAAAUUAUCCUUAGCUUGAGAGAAAUUAUCAAAGAAGACAAGCAUUCAAAGGUUUCUUUGCUUGAGUAUUUGAAACAGUUGCACUCGACCGAUUGGGAAUUAUUUGUCGAAGACACAAAAAUCCUAUCUUUGGUUUCUUCGCAGCCAUUGGAUUUAGCUGAAAAUGAUUCUACUCAGAACGACCAACUGCUAAGUUACAAGCAUGAAUCUGAUCUUGUGAACAAUCAAAUCAGCGACUUGCCAUAUUAUUGUGUUGGGUUCAAAGAUUCCUCUCCUGAGUACACUUUGAGAACAAGAAUUUGGUCAUCAUUAAGAUGUCAAACUUUGUUUAGAACCAUAUCCGGAUUCAUGAAUUACGAAAAGGCUAUCAAGUUACUAUAUAAACUUGAAAACUAUGACUUUGAUUCAAAUAGUUAUUUUGAUGUUGAUUCUGAACUUAAUGAUUUUGUACAAAGAAAGUUUAGGUUGUUGAUAUCAAUGCAAAGAUUUCAAAAGUUCCAUGAAGACGAAGUUAAUGAUGCUGAGCUUCUAUUUGGUAUCUAUCCACAUAUUCAAGUCUCUUAUUUGGAAGAGGAAGUUAAUGGAGACCAAACGACUUAUUACUCAACUUUGCUCAAUGUGUCGGAGGUAGAUUCUUAUGGCAACUACAAAAAGAAAUAUCGGAUUAAACUUUCUGGAAAUCCAAUAUUAGGAGAUGGAAAGUCUGAUAAUCAAAAUAAUUGUAUCAUUUUUUAUCGAGGUGAAUAUAUACAAGUCAUUGAUGCAAACCAAGAUAAUUACCUUGAAGAAUGUCUUAAAAUUAAAUCCGUUUUAGCUGAAUUUGAAGAAAUAGAUAUGGAUCCUUCGUCUGAAUAUGUUCCAGGAAUUUUUCUGGAGAAUUCUAGGGAUCCAGUAGCAAUUUUGGGCGCUAGAGAAUAUAUAUUUUCAGAGAACAUAGGAGUGUUAGGUGAUAUUGCAGCAGGAAAAGAGCAAACUUUUGGCACUUUGUUUGCACGUACAUUGGCCGAAAUCGGUGGGAAAUUGCACUACGGUCACCCUGACUUUUUGAAUGGGAUAUUCAUGACAACAAGAGGAGGAGUCUCGAAAGCUCAAAAAGGUUUGCAUUUGAAUGAAGAUAUUUAUGCUGGAAUGACGGCCGUAUGUCGGGGAGGAAGGAUUAAACACUGUGACUAUUACCAAUGUGGAAAAGGCCGAGAUCUUGGCUUCGGUACUAUAUUAAACUUUACUACAAAAAUAGGAGCUGGUAUGGGUGAACAAAUAUUGUCUCGUGAAUACUAUUACUUAGGUACCCAGCUUCCAAUAGAUCGAUUCUUGUCUUUCUAUUAUGCUCACGCAGGAUUCCAUAUUAAUAAUUUAUUCAUCAUGUUGUCUGUACACCUAUUUAUGUUGGUUUUAGUUAAUCUUGGAUCUUUAAAGCACGAGUCGGUCGUUUGUAUGUAUGAUCUGAAUAUUCCAUAUACUGAUCUACAGAUGCCAUUAGGAUGCUAUAAUUUGCAACCCGUUUUAAAUUGGGUUUCUAGGUUUGUACUUUCAGUAUUUAUCUGCUUUUUCAUUUCAUUUAUACCUUUAAUUUUUCAGGAAUUAAUAGAAAAAGGGUUUAUUAAAGCAAUUUAUAGAAUAUUCCAUCAUUUCGUUUCAUUGGCACCAUUUUUUGAAGUUUUUGUGUGCCAGAUUUAUGCAAAGUCAUUAAAAGAUAAUAUAACAUUUGGAGGAGCCAAAUAUGUUGCUACUGGAAGAGGAUUUGCUACUUCUCGAAUAUCCUUUAAUAUAUUAUACAGUAGAUAUGCUUCAACCUCAAUUUAUUCAGGCUCAACAGUAUUUUUGAUUGUUAUUUUUGCAUCUUUAUCCAUGUGGCAACCUUCCUUGUUGUGGUUUUGCAUAACUUUCGUUUCUAUGUGCCUUGCACCUUUUAUUUUCAACCCUCACCAAUUUUCAUGGGGUGACUUUUUUAUUGAUUAUAGAGAAUUUUUGAGAUGGCUUUCCAGGGGUAACUCUAGCUGGCAUAGAAAUUCGUGGAUUGGUUUUAUAAGAUCCCAUAGAGCCAAAUACACAGGUUAUAAAAAAAAUGCUCUUGGUGAAGUUGGCCAAAGGAUAAGUGAUGCAUCGAGGAGACCCUCAAGGUGGAAUAGCUUCAUUGACCAAAUUUUCAUACCAAUUAUAUGCAUAGUUUGUUACUUGGUGCCUUAUAUGUUCAUAAAUGCUCAAAAUGGUGUCCCUAAUCCAAGUCGGGUAAAUCCAAUAUUUAGGAUCAUUAUACUAUGCUUUAUUCCAAUUGUCUUUAGUGUUUUGACAACCCUACUUUUGUUCGUCUUUUCAUGCACCUUGGGACCUAUUUUAUCAUGUUGUUGCACAAGAGUGCCAAGUUUCAUUGCUAGCUUCGCUCAUUUGCUGUCAGUGUUAAUAAAUAUAGUUAAUUUUGAAAUAUUCUUAUAUUUGGAAGGGCUAAAUUUCACGAGAACUUUAUGCGGAUUUAUCUGUAUGGUUGCAAUACAAAAGACUAUAUUACAAUUUACGAUGUCAAUUUGUUUAUCCCGUGAAUUAAAAGAUGACUAUAGUAACCGAGCAUGGUGGUCAGGAAAAUGGAUAACCAGUGGGUUAGGUUGGCUUAUUAUAACUCAACCCUUGCGUGAGUUUGUGGUUAAAAUAUGCGAAAUGAAUCUCUAUGCUUACGAUUUUAUACUAGCACAUUGUCUCCUAUUCGUCAUGGGUCCAGUCUUAUUAAUUCCUUUUAUAGAUAAGUGGCAUUCGAGUAUGUUGUUUUGGUUCAAACCAUCGAAGCAAUUUAGGGAACCUAUCUUAUCCAAAAGGCAACGGAGGAAAAGAAAGCUAAAAAUUUUAAAAUAUAGUGUCUUAUUUUUCUCAUUAAUGCUUAUUUUUAUUGCAUUAAUCUUGGCUCCUGUACUCGCUGAAAGAUAUAUACCCAAUUUAAGAAAGCAACUUCCUUCAUUCAUCGCAGAGAUUAUUCAACCCAAUCAUCAAAAUAAUAAUGAUACUGGAGAUAACGCUCCUCGAACUGUGCUAAGAGCCAAACCAAUUGUAUAG